CGAUUCGCAUGGUGUGCCCUGCCAGAAGAGGAUUUCUAAGCUUUUCCGGCAAAUCCAAGCCAAAAUGACCCGUACGUAAGGAGCACGUAUGGGCGAGGCUUGCGACGCGGCGGAGGUUCGGAGAGUGGCUGUCCACCGCCAUGACAAAUCCCACACGACCACAAGCCUCAAGAACGGGGAGUCGUGGACCCACAUCGGUGUAUAAGAGCGGUACUCAUCGCAGGACCCCACUUCCCUCGCACGCUACUCGUAAGAGAAGAGAACCACUGCUCCGUUUCACUCAUCCGUACUCAUACGUACUCAUACUGCAUACCGCACAUCAUGUCUGCUUCGCCCAAGAUCACGCUCUACACCUUUGGCACCCCCAACGGGCAAAAGGCCAGCAUCGCGCUUGAGGAGCUGGGAAUUGACUACAAGACGGUCGAAGUCGACAUCAGGAAGAACACACAAAAGGAAGAAUGGUUCCUGAAGAUCAACCCCAACGGCCGCAUCCCCGCCAUCGUCGACCACACGCGCGGCGAUUUCCCCGUCUUUGAAACGGGCGCGAUCCUGCUCUACCUCGCCGAACACCACGACCCGAACCACAUCCUCGCACCUACAGACGCCAACAAGCGCAGCGAGGCAAUUCAGUGGCUCAUGUGGCAGAUGGGUGGAUUGGGUCCAAUGCAAGGCCAAGCGAACCACUUCUUCCGCUACGCGCCUGAAAAGAUCGAGUACGGAAUCAAGCGAUACCAGGACGAGACGAAGCGUCUCUACAGUGUCAUGGAGCGCCAGCUGAGCGAUGGGAGGGAGUACCUGAUUGGGGAGUACUCCUUGGCGGAUAUCGCUUGCUUUGGUUGGGUUGCGGCUCAUAACUGGGCCGGUGUUGGGCUUGAGGAGUUUCCUUUGCUGGACAAGUGGCUUCACCGCGCUGCUAAGCGUCCUGCCGUGGUUAAGGGCAUGAAUGUGCCUCAGCAUAACAGUCUUAUUGAGAACGACUUCAAGGUGUAAGUUUCUGGAGGGAGUUUGCAGAGAGCUCGCGCUAUCAAGGACAUGGGCCGUGCCGUGAGAUAGGAUGUAGUUUAGCUCAUCUGACUAUGCAGGCGAGAAACGCGGGGAUCCGGUAGUUCCCAAAGUCGUGCGCGAAUGUAAAUAGGCUCAGUGUGAUAUAUUAGCAAUAUCAAGUCGUCGAUGUGAACAUGGCUUAUCAAAGCGGAUAGUUCGACUGCACUGUUGGCUGGCAGGUCAAUUUUGGACCCUCCUCUUGGUCAGAAAUCCACGCACUGUGAAAUCAUAUCGAAAGUGUA